AUGUCUGAACACACAAAGUCAGGUGAGAGCAAGUCUGCUGAAGAUACUUUCGAGUUCAUCCCUAACGCAGUCAACCAGGUCGAAGUUUUGGACGAGUCUGAAGGUGACAAGAGCUCUGAUUGGACUGACGGUGGCAUUCAGCUGCCCAAGAAGGAAAUUCCAGCGGCAACCAACGUCGAGGUCAUAGACACAGCGGCCCUUCGUCGUCAAAUCCAUGACGCCAUGAAUGACGAAGGUUCCCUUCACAUGCCGGAAGUCCAGAGCUGGAUCAACGGUCUGGGAGUCGUCUUUCCCAACGCCUUAGAUCCUGAGGAUGAGGAUGAGACUGAGGCCAUGUUCGCUGGUGGGGUUCUCGGAAAUUCCAAGGCAAAGGGGAAGAAGGAAGACAGCGCUCCCGCUAACUCUUCCUGCAAGGGCAACAGGAGCCCCAAAAAGAUCAGUGCCAUCAAGGAGCGAGCUCGCAAGCGCUUGGCCGGUGUCCUCAAAUUUCUAGAGCCUGAGUUGCAGUCCAACAAGAAGAAGUAG